GUACGUGCCAGUGGCGCGGUCGUUCUUCAGCCCGGACCUGGGUCCGCGCGCGCCCAUUGGCAACGGUGUGGAGGCGUGGAAGGGCUUUUAUCAGAGCGUGCGCCCCCACGCAGAUGGGGCUUACUCUCAACAUCGACAUGGCAGCGACGGCGUUCCUGGAGCCACUGAUGCUGCCUGACUUCGUGAUGCGCCUGCUCAACCGCCACUCGCUGCAGCAGCCGCUCUCCGACUUCGAGCGUGUCGCGCUGCGCAAGGGGCUGAGGGGCGUGCGCAUAGAGGUGACGCAUCGGGGGCAGAUGAGGCGAAAGUACAAGCUCACGGGGCUCACCACACAGCCACUGCACGCCCUCACGUUCCCCCUGACGACCCCCGAGGGGGAGACGCAGGUGGUGACGGUGGAGGCGUACUUCCGCCAGCACUACAACCUCGCCCUGCAGCUGCGCAACAUGCCCUGCGCCACCACCGGCCAGGGCGACCGCCUCAACUACCUCCCGCUCGAGGUGUGUCGCAUAGUGGAGGGCCAGAGGUACAAUAAGAAACUCAACGAGGUGCAGACGAGCCAGAUCCUUGUGCACGCCGCCCGCAAGCCGUUUGAGAGGGAGAGAGAGAUCAACCAGACGGUGCGGCACAACGCGUAUGAGCGCGACCCCUUUGCGGCAGAGUUUGGCAUCCGUGUGGCGCCCCAGAUGGCCACCGUCAACGCUCGUGUGCUGCCCACGCCCACGCUCAAGUACUCAGACUCGGGUGGAGAGCGCACCGUGGUGCCGCAAGUGGGCGCCUGGAACAUGAUGAACAAGCGAGUGUUAACGGGGGCGGUGGUGAGGCGCUGGGCUCUGGUGAACCUGAGUCGUCUGCCGCGCCCGGCAGCGGAGCAGUUUGGCCGAGACCUCGCGCAUAUGUGCAACGUCACCGGCCUCCAAAUGGAGCAGCGCAUGUGUGUGCCGAUGGCGGCGGGCCAUCCGGGGCAGAUGGAGGCGAUUCUGCGCAACCUGGCACGGCAGCUGACCCCUGCGCAGCGCCCCAUGCCCGAUGUGGACAUCGUGGUGUGCAUCCUCAACGAGGGCAACGGGCCCCUCUAUGGCAAUCUGAAGCGGCUGUGUGAGACGGAGCUUGGCAUUGUCACGCAGUGCUGCCUUGCAACGAAGCUGGGAAAGGGAAAGCAGUAUCUGGCUAAUGUGGCGUUGAAGAUCAACGCCAAGGUGGGGGGGCGCAACACGGCGCUGGUGGACUCGAUACAGCGGCAGAUCCCGCUCAUCUGCCAGGAGUACACCAUUCUCUUUGGUGCUGAUGUCACACACCCCGCGCCAGGCGAGGACAACAGCCCAUCCAUUGCUGCUUUCACCGCUGCCACUUGCCAUCGCCGUUGCUACCUACCUCUCACCGCCUCCUUGUGCGCUGUGUGCCUGCUGUGCCGGCCGUGUGUGUGGGGGCACGGCACGCCCCACCAGGUGGUGGCGUCCAUGGACUGGCCCGAGAUGGCGCGCUACCGGGCGCUCGUCAGUGCGCAGGCGCACCGUGUGGAGAUCAUCCAGAACCUCUACACGUGCACGCAGGACGCCAAUGGCAUGCCGCAGCAUGGCGGCAUGGUCAGGUACCUUUCUCCUCGCCACCCUGCCCUGACCCACCUCUGUCCACCUCUGUCCACCUCUGCCUGCUUUUCUCUGCCCCGCUCUUUUUUUGCGCUGACCUGCCUUGUCGUGCGCCUUCCCCCAACCAUCACGGCACUGCCUGCCUGUCCUGUGUGUGCGGCCCCUCUCCCCACGGGUGUGUGUGCGGCACAGGGAGCUGCUGAUCAGUUUCUACCGCUCCACUGGCCACAAGCCCCAGCGCGUCGUCAUGUACAGGUCUUGUCUUGCCCGCACUGCUUCCCUGCCCGUGCUUUGUGCACGUGCGUUCCGUCACCAUCAUUGUCCCGCCUCUCUGCCGCUGCGUCACCAGCUCCAUGCCCACACUGCCCUCCUUUUCCGCCCGCCCUCCUUGCUCGCUUCCCUUGCGGCCCGUGUGUGGUCGUGCAGGGAUGGACUGUGAGCGACGGGCAGUUUGCCGCAGUCAAAGAAUACGAGGGUGGCGGCUAUCAAGCAGGUCAGCCAGGGGCGUGUGCAUCGCUGGAGGAGAGCUACAAUCCGCUGGUGACAUUUGCAGUGGUGCAGAAGCGCCACCACACGCGCUUCUUCCCGUUUGACUCGCGCAACCGCAGCACCACGGACCGCAGCGGCAACGCCCUGCCUGGCACCGUGAUCGACACAGGCAUCUGCCACCCCACCGAGUUUGACUUCUACCUGCUCAGCCACUCCGGCAUCCAGGGCACGAGCCGCCCCACGCACUACCACGUGGUGCAUGACGAGAACGGCUUUGACUCCAACACGCUGCAGCGCAUGACCUACUCCAUGGCCUACACAUACGCUCGCUGCACUCGUGCCGUGUCCGUGGCCAUCACCCAUGCAUCUCCACCCAUGCAUCUCCACCCAUGCAUCUCCACCCAUGCGUCUCCACCCAUGCGUCUCCACCCAUGCGUCUCCACCCAUGCGUCUCCACCCAUGCGUCUCCACCCAUGCAUCUCCACCCAUGCAUCUCCACCCAUGCAUCUCCACCCAUGCAUCUCCACCCAUGCAUCUCCACCCAUGCAUCUCCACCCAUGCAUCUCCACCCAUGCAUCUCCACCCAUGCAUCUCCACCCAUGCAUCUCCACCCAUGCAUCUCCACCCAUGCAUCUCCACCCAUGCAUCUCCACCCAUGCGUCUCCACCCAUGCGUCUCCACCCAUGCGUCUCCACCCAUGCGUCUCCACCCAUGCGUCUCCACCCAUGCAUCUCCACCCAUGCAUCUCCACCCAUGCGUCUCCACCCAUGCGUCUCCACCCAUGCGUCUCCACCCAUGCGUCUCCACCCAUGCAUCUCCACCCAUGCAUCUCCACCCAUGCAUCUCCACCCAUGCGUCUCCACCCAUGCGUCUCCACCCAUGCGUCUCCCACCCAUGCGUCUCCACCCAUGCAUCUCCACCCAUGCAUCUCCACCCAUGCAUCUCCACCCAUGCAUCUCCACCCAUGCAUCUCCACCCAUGCAUCUCCACCCAUGCAUCUUCACCCAUGCAUCUCCACCCAUGCAUCUCCACCCAUGCAUCUCCACCCAUGCAUCUCCACCCAUGCAUCUCCACCCAUGCAUCUCCACCCAUGCAUCUCCACCCAUGCAUCUCCACCCAUGCGUCUCCACCCAUGCGUCUCCACCCAUGCGUCUCCACCCAUGCAUCUCCACCCAUGCGUCUCCACCCAUGCAUCUCCACCCAUGCAUCUCCACCCAUGCAUCUCCACCCAUGCAUCUCCACCCAUGCAUCUCCACCCAUGCAUCUCCGCCCAUGCAUCUCCGCCCAUGCAUCUCCACCCAUGCAUCUCCACCCAUGCAUCUCCACCCAUGCAUCUCCACCCAUGCAUCUCCACCCAUGCAUCUCCACCCAUGCAUCUCCACCCAUGCAUCUCACCCAUGCAUCUCCACCCAUGCGUCUCCACCCAUGCGUCUCCACCCAUGCGUCUCCACCCAUGCGUCUCCACCCAUGCGUCUCCACCCAUGCGUCUCCACCCUCUCAUGCGUCUCCACCCAUGCGUCUCCACCCAUGCGUCUCCACCCAUGCGUCUCCACCCAUGCGUCUCCACCCAUGCGUCUCCACCCAUGCGUCUCCACCCAUGCGUCUCCACCCAUGCGUCUCCACCCAUGCGUCUCCACCCAUGCGUCUCCACCCAUGCGUCUCCACCCAUGCGUCUCCACCCAUGCAUCUCCACCCAUGCAUCUCCACCCAUGCAUCUCCACCCAUGCGUCUCCACCCAUGCGUCUCCACCCAUGCGUCUCCACCCAUGCGUCUCCACCCAUGCGUCUCCACCCAUGCGUCUCCACCCAUGCGUCUCCACCCAUGCGUCUCCACCCAUGCAUCUCCACCCAUGCAUCUCCACCCAUUCAUCUCCACCCAUGCGUCUCCACCCAUGCGUCUCCACCCACGCAUCUCCACCCAUGCAUCUCCACCCAUGCAUCUCCACCCAUGCAUCUCCACCCAUGCAUCUCCAACCAUGCAUCUCCACCCAUGCAUCUUCACCCAUCCAUCUCCACCCAUGCAUCUCCACCCAUGCAUCUCCACCCAUGCAUCUCCACCCAUGCAUCUCCACCCAUGCAUCUAUUGGCACAUCAUAGAACUCGUCGUUUCUCUGCCGUCUAUCCCACCGUGUCCCCAUUGGCAGUGCCGCCGGCGUACUACGCGCACAUAGUGGCGUUCCGAGCGCGCUUCUACAUGGACCCCGACCAGUUCUCUGACUCGGGCUCGCAGUCCACCGCCUUUGAGCACGCACCUGCUGCCCCCGCGCCCUCCACCGCCACGGGCACGUCUGCCACCACGGGGGAGAGCUCCGGCAGCCGCAGCAGCCGCAGCGCUGGCGAAGUGGUGGUGCGCCCGCUGCCACCCCUGCAGGGCCGCGUCAGGGAGCACAUGUUCUUCUGCUGA